AUGCGUCUUCCUCGAAUAUAUGCGCUGGGAAACUCGCCGCUUUUGUCGGUACUUUCUCACCAAAUCGCUAGCUUAGCAUUACAGCCGAAAGUGCCAGAGGUUGUUUUACUACUACAGGAUCAAAAGAAGCUGAGCAGAUUUUUGAAGAACAACUCCAAAUUGGCAGUUAAUGAAGAAUUUGACACUGCGGACAAGUCGAAACAGUUAAUGGCAUCGUGUUCUCCACCGGCCUUUGCUUCUGGUGAAAUAGCUAAGGUUGAAAACCUGAUUGUCGGAGAGCCACGACGAAAUACUUUGCACAACUCAAUUGGAAAAUACAGUCAGAGUAUCAGCCCAGAGACUAACGUUUUGUUACUAAAUGCUGAGUUAGGUUCAGUUGAAUAUUUAAAUGAAUCCAUAUGGCCGAAUGAAGCACAAAGACCCAAUUUAUUAAUUGGUGAUACCGACCCAAAUUUUCAUGUGUGGUUAAAUGACGAAUUCUCAGCUAAACAUCGAGGAUAUCGAUCAAAGCUUAGAAUUAUUCCAGUACCGAGAGAAUUUUCAAGCCAUUCUGAGAUCGGUGACGUCAGUGGAUCGGAAUUAAGCACGAAAGAAAACUCCUUUAUUAAUCUCCUAUGCCAGCUAAAUCGGGAUGAUGGCACUCGUGCACUCAAUCUCACGAUGGGUGAUUACAAUAACUAUGUUAUACACAAGUUCAGGAUUCUGAGCAGGAAAUUCUGCAUCGGCUCGCUAUCGGUGCUGAAUGGGUGCCGACAAGAUGAAGUCAAAUUAUCUCCGCGCGCUACAACGCUAAUGCGAGAGCUGUCCGCCGAACACAACAAGAUUUUGAAUGUAGCUUAUCCUCACAUCUCGAAUGAAAAUCUUUUUGAUGUCGAACAAGUGCUCAACGCUCCUUCGCAUAUCACAACAAAAUCGUUCUUGGCAGGUGAUGACACCGUAUCCUCCAAGACGUUGAGCGAUCUGUCCAGAAUUAGCGCACAGUUUCAUUACUUAGCCUCGAGAAACAAGGUUGCGUGUCCUAAAAGCAGGAUAAUUUCAACAUUAGUGCGAGGAAAGCUUGACAUAAUGCAAAAAAGGCGAAUGAUAUAA